AUGGGAUUCCUAGGGCCCCAUAGGACGGUGGGUACGGCGGUCUUAUACUGUGCCAGCUUCCUGCAGGCUUCCCUUCUUGGAGCGAUAUUGUGUCUUGGGGGCAAAGAGGGGGUUCUAGCAACGCUGCCUCCGCGUCCUUCUAAAGGAGCAGUCCCAGCACCGCUGGAACUGCCUCUUGGCUUCGGGGCUGCUCGCACACACCAUCGUUCACCUGGAACUGCACGUAGCUGCAGCAUUCAUCUGCCCGCGCUGCGAGCUCGCCUUGUGCCUUCUUUCCUGUCUUCGUGGACUUCACCUGUACCAGAAUUCACAGAGGCUUCUGUGGCAGGCGACUGGGACAUCUGCGGCAAGCUACAGGACGGAGGGCGUGGCAGGGACUCAAGCUUUGCUGCAGCUGGUGUAGCAGCAGAGGCAAUAAGGCGAGCUGCUGGUUCUGAAGAAGCAACAGUAUUUUUACGCGCGUGGGAGGCCCUCCGUAGUGGAAAGUGCUUGUCUUUGUCACUGUCCAUCGACCGUGUCGCAACACUGAGUACCCCCCACAAGUAUUCCCUAGGCAGUAGUUUUUCCGUUGCAGGCAUUUGGCAGGUGCGCCGUAGGCCCUUCCUGCCCACUAUUCUGGAGGUGGAGCUUGGCUUUCCUGCAGACGUGCCCGAAGUUAUUUUGGUUUUGCAAGCCCCCCUCAAGUCUGGUACUUGGCUAGUGCAAGUGCCGCAGGUGGGUCCUGGAGUGGCAAGUCUUUCUUUCUCGCCAUUUUUUCCUUGGAAGAGUUACCAGCUACUGGUGGCGGAUAUCAAACCCCGCGGGAGGAGCCCGACGGUCGACAUUUUAUUGCAGUAA